AUGGCUUGGAAGAACAUCAGAAACGAUUUUGCCUUUCUGUUGCUGAUAGUCCAAGUAGUUUAUAGUUUGAAAUCAUUCCAAUGUAAGUUCGACGGCAGUUGUAAAUGUUCUUAUAUGAAGAAGAAUUUAGUAAAAGCAGAUUGUUCUGGAAGAAAUAAAACUACUAUACCUUUGAUUCCUGGAAAUGUAGCAAAUUUAUCUCUUGCAAAGAAUCGUAUCCAAAAAGUUGACAACGGAGCAUUUAAAUACAACUCGCAGCUAUUGUAUUUAGAUCUGUCAGAAAACGACAUAAACCAAUUGAACUCCAAAUCAUUUCAAGGUGUUUCUAAACUGGAAACAUUAAUAAUGAAUAAAAAUAAUUUUAGUUCAACAGUUUCCCAAUCAAAAGUUGUUUUUGAACCUUUGGUGUCAUUGCGGUAUCUUGAUUUGAAAAAUAACUCUAAUAACUGUUUUGCAUUCAAUAUUUCAUUUCUAACAAACCUUCAUACUCUGAAGAUUGAUUUUGUUGAUCGUGAGACAUAUUUUGGCAAGGAGUUCAAAGCUUUGAGAAACCUUACGAAUCUCGAUUUUUCUGGGUAUUCUGGGCGUUGUUUGAUGAAAGUUUUGACACCUGGAACAUUUGAAAAUUUUCCAUAUGUGCAAUUUUUAGACUUGAGUAAAUGCCGAAUAAAUGUUAUUCAUAGAGGAACUUUCCAACACCUAAGACAUUUGGAAUUUCUUGAUCUCUCUGAUAACCGAUGCUUAAAGUUUACUGGAUGUAUAAAUAUAACAUAUGAUCUACAGUCAACUUCAAUAAGAGUUCUUAGGUUAAAUAAAAUUCAUCAAACAUUUUCCUUAAAUACAGAACUAUUGAAAUGCCAUCUUCAAAAUCUCCGGAAAACAAAGAUAACUGAGAUCCAUUUAGAUAGUAAUCGACUGCAACUAGUUGAACAAGGUGCACUGAGUAUGCUACCAAAAACCAUGAAAAAGUUAUCCAUUGCAGACAACCAAUUCACAUACGGUGAAUAUAUCCAGGACAUAUUUUCAGUGACAGUUCAUGAAGUUAAUAUAUCUUUCAUGGGAAUGUCGCAUUAUCUGAAGGACAAAGACGAACAAUGUGAUGCUAUAUCUUCGGAUACUCCAUCUUGUGGCAGGGAACCACAUAUAUACCAACCCAGUAUAAAAGAAAUAAACUCAGUUGACCCCCUUCAAACUUAUUAUGAUGACCAAUCAAAACCAUUGUUGCUCCCUUAUCAAUUAAAGAGAUUUCAUUUCAGGCAAUGCAAGUUAAGAUAUUACUUUCCGAAGGUAAUUUUGUCAAACAACUUGUUGGAAUAUAUCGAUGCUUCUUUUAAUACGUUUUAUUAUUGGAAAGGACCUAUUUACAAUCUGAAACAUUUGAAAUAUCUAGAUUUGUCGAAUAACUUUUGCUCUAAUGUUUCAAAAACAUUUUUUAUUGAAGGGCCAAAUUUGACCAUAUUACUUGUACAAAAUAAUCUGUUGGGCUUUGUAUUACCCGAUGACCAUACCGGAGAGACAUUUUCGGCACUAACAGUUCUCGAAACUCUGAAUUUAGCCGAUAACAGAAUUUCAAAUUUGCCUAUUGAAAUAUUUAAAUCUCAAAAGAAUUUAAGAACUUUAAAUUUGAGCGGAAACAUGCUUGAGCAUGUAAAACUUAAAAUAAGGCAUAUGACUAAACUAUCAAACAUAGAUUUAUCUGAUAAUAGAAUAUCUAUCUUAGAAGAUUCCUUUACUAAACAACUGGAUGAUUUGAAAAAACACGUGCGUCACUUAACUGUUGAUAUGACUGGAAAUCCUAUCUAUUGUACAUGUGACUCAAUUGACUUCAUUAAAUGGAUGACAACUACAAAAGUAGUUCUUUUAAACAUGUUUAAUCAAGAAUGUAGUUCAAUGAAAAUGCAUCUGAAUGAAUCGUUAACAGUUUACGACCAGCUAAAGAAGAACUGUUCGUCUUAUACGACAACAAUUGUGGCAGUGGCAUCAUGGGUGGUCAUUUUUGCGGCAGCAAUAGUUGGAGGAUUACUUUACCGUUAUAGAUGGAAAAUUCGAUAUCUAUAUUACAUAGUUAAAAGUAAGCAUCAAGGAUAUAUCAAACCUAUAAUAGACGACAACGAUUACCUAUAUGAUGCGUUCAUUUCAUACGCUGACGACGACGCCAUAUUUGUUCAUUCUAAAUUCCUCAAACACGUUGAAGAAGAAGGAAAUAUGAUUUGCUGUGUUCAUAAACGAGAUUUCACACCUGGAAAAGAAAUUGCAACCAAUAUAACUUCUGCAAUCCAUAACAGCCGUAAAACGGUCGUGAUAAUGUCGCGAAAUUUUCUAGCGUCAAACUGGUGUUUGUUUGAAUUCAAUAUGGCAAAAAUGGAAAGCAUCUACUCGCGAAGUAAUGAGAACAUAAUAUUGCUUGUGUUCAUAGAACAGUUGUCAUCAAAAGAUCUUCCCUUAAACUUUUUAGAACUUGUCCAGUCAAAAUCAUACAUCGAAUACCCAAACGACGAUUAUGGUGAUGUAGUAUUCUGGGAGAAGGUAAAAGAAACUCUUUCAAUGUAG